GGGCAGAUGUUCCCACAGAGAAUAGGAGUGUCCUUGAGUCUGUGGGGAUACCCAAGAGAUAUGAUGGUGGCACUUACCAGGGACCCCAAAUCGUGGGGUACCGGAUGCAUAGGGAAUGGCCUUGUGUGCAGUUCUCCCCUAAGAGCAAUGGGGGCACUCGGAGCCACAGCAUUCCCUAAGUCUGCGGGGCUGGCACAGGGGCACGGCUCUGUCUGGUGGCAUUCAUGGCAUGGCUUGGCUCGGCUUAGCUUGGCAAGGCACAGGCAGGACAGGAGGGACAUGGGACUGUACUCUGAGGGGAGUCCCCCACAGCAACCUCCAAGAGAGGGCAAGCCGGCCUUGCAGUCCCCUGUGCACCCCCCAAAUGCUGACACCACCCUUGCUCUGUCAAUGGGGAAACUGAGGCACAGAGCCCUGCAUUGCCAUCACCCACUGGCCAUGGCCUUGGAGACCUUCUGCUCUCCUGGGGGGACUGCAGCACACAGGGGUGCCUUGAAGGGGAUCCCCUCAUCCACGGACGGCCUGGGGACAAACUGGAGACCCCCAGCUGGAGACCCCGAGUGAGAAACAACUUGGAUCAGGAGAAGACUCCGCAUUUGAGGGGACAGCGACAGCAGCAAGCAGCAAAAUGGAGUUCUUGUCCUACAGUGGGGAUCUCUCCAACAUCUUAGCCCUUUACAACUACAGCUAUGACUACAGCACAGCCAUGCCUGACACUGCUAUCUCAUCCUCUCCAUGCCGGCCUGAAAGCUCUGCCCUCAACAAGUACCUGGUGGUGGUGAUCUACUGCCUGGUCUUCAUCCUCAGUGUGGUGGGGAAUGGGCUGGUGGUGCUGGUGGUGACCUCCAUCCACACCAGCCGCUCCGUCACCGACGUCUACCUGCUCAACCUGGCCGUGGCAGACCUGCUCUUUGCCUUGACCCUGCCGCUCUGGGCAGCCUACCGAGCCCACGAGUGGGUCUUUGGCACUGUGAUGUGCAAAGCCAUCUCCGUGCUGCAGGAAGCCAACUUCUACAGCGGCAUCCUUCUGCUGGCCUGCAUUAGUGUGGACCGCUACCUGGCCAUUGUCUACGCCACGCGGGCUGCCACUGAGAAGAGGCACUGGGUGAAGUUUGUCUGCUUGGGCAUCUGGGUUUUCUCCACACUGCUCUCCCUGCCUGUGCUGCUCUUCCGCGAGGCUUUCCACUCGCCCAACAACGGCACCGUGUGCUACGAGCGCAUCAGCGGCGAGGACACGGCCAAGUGGCGCGUGGUGCUGCGGGUCCUGCCGCAGACCUUCGGCUUCGUCCUGCCCCUCCUGGUGAUGCUCUUCUGCUAUGGCGUCACCAUCCACACCCUCCUGCAGACCAAGAAUGCCCAGAAGCAGCGGGCCAUGAAGGUCAUCUUCGCUGUGGUGCUGGUCUUCCUCAUCUGCUGGCUGCCCUACAACAUCACGCUGGUGAGCGACACACUCAUGAGGACGCGGGCCAUUGCCGAGACCUGUGAGAGGAGGAACAGCAUCGACACAGCCCUCUCUGUCACACAGGUCCUGGGCUUUGCCCACAGCUGCAUCAACCCUAUCAUCUACGCCUUCAUCGGCCAAAAGUUUCGCAACAGCUUCCUCAAGAUCCUGGCGCAGCGUGGGCUGAUCAGCAAGGAUGCUGUUGCUCGCUAUGGCCGCGCCUCCUAUGCCUCCACCUCUGGCAAUACAUCCACCACCCUCUGAGCUCUCCUAGGACCCAGCCCUUGUGGGUACCAGCAGGUCCAAGCACCCCACACACCUCAGCAUCCUCAUCCAGCCCCCUGGAAAGUGGGUGGUGAUGCCGUGGAGAUGGCAGGGCCACCAUUGGAUGCUGGACCCCAGCUGGAAGGGGGCUUGGAUGGCAAGGUGGUGGAGUGGUUUGGAUGGCCACUCCCCAUUGCCAGGGGAGUGAUGUCAAGUGUGCACCCUGCCCUCUCUUUGGGACAAAGCCUGUGACCCUGUGGACUCUGUGAGACUGCUGUGGGGAUGGUGUAUUUACCCGAUGACCAUCCAGCAAUAAAGGAGUUGGUG